AGCAUCAAUUCGAUGAUUCCAAUUUCAUCGAUUGCUUAACUUCAGUGUAUACGUUGGCUGAGCAUACCAAGUAAAUAGAAUAUUAACUAACUGUUAUUCAUCUAUUCACCUGUUACCAAACGCUUAGCACUGCCGUUUACAAGUAACCUUCAGACCCUUUUCGUCUCACUAGAUAUAUGCAAAAGAUUUCGAAAAACUAAUAAAGCGAAAUUUCUGUUUUAAUACCUGCUUUUUACUGUUCGUAUUGCUUGAGAUCAGUUUGUAUUAUUUCAUUGUGAAUCUAUAUUUACUUCUAUAUCCGAAUAUUUAUUGCCGAUUUUUUUGGAAGACUGACAAGUGCAUUUGAUUCAUUGAAGAAGAUUUGAGGACAUUUAUCAUGGCCACCCACGAAGAAGAACAUGAGCGUAUCCCAGCAGGUGAUCCCUACUCUUCUCGUCGUCCUAUCCCUACUAUCCCAAGGUUCUUUCGUGAAAGAAAAGAACGUGCGGACGUACGAGAAAAACAAAAGGCUGAAAAGCAUCGAAAGGAAUCCACACAAGAAGAACUGUUUGAUCCUAUCACUCAGCGGAACGUUGAGAUCUCUGAUAUUAAAUUUGGUAGCCAAAAAGCUUAUGAAAAUCCCAGCUACACUGUACCCAACCAAAACAUUCAAUCUGGGUUAUCCGCCAGCCAAGAGCCUUAUUUGAGCCCAAAUCAGUCUCAAUCUACCUACAAACAACACCAAGACGACCUUGCACCACCAGAGGCACAUGAUGAUAUUACUCGAGAUGUCCCCAUUAGCGAUGAGAAAACCAAUAUUCUUUUCUUUCCUACGCCGGCCGUCGAUCUUUCGUACGUUUCAAAAGAGAUUAAGCAAAAAACAAAUCACUACACCCUGUUUUCUUUUCUUUUUACCCUAAUUAUCACUUGGAUUAUUUCCCACUCCAUUAUUCUUUCCACCAUCUUUCCCAUCACCGCCGCGUCUUGCAUUUUUUUAUGGAUGGAACACGUUCGCACUGUUGCUCAGGCCGCCGAAUGGGGCGCUGAACAGAAACGCGGUGAAUAUGCCCGUCUCAAUCUCAUACCUGAAAGUGCCGAAUGGAUGAAUGAUUUUUUAGGAAAAAUCUGGGGUCUCAUUAACCCAGAAAUUUUCUCCUCCAUCAUCGACCAAAUCGAAGAUGUUAUGGAAGCUUCCAUCCCUUCUUUUAUUGAAAACGUCCGAAUCGCAUCUUUUAGCCAGGGUUCUCAUCCAGUCCGUGUUAUCUCUAUUCGUUCGUUACCCGCCGACGAAACCCAGCACACUUUUAAAGAUCAUCAACAACCCAAAGAUGAACACAAAGAUGAACCAGAGCAGAAAGCAAAAAGAUAUUACAAUCUCGAAGUUUGUGUCGCUUACCAUGCGAUGCCUAUCGAAAGUACUUCUACAACAGCUCGUGCUUCCAAUCUACAUAUGCGCAUUGUUUUUUAUCCUGGUAUAAAAGGCACCGUUGGUAUCCCUCUCCCCAUCUGGGUUGAAAUUAAAGGUUUCGUAGCCAGAAUUCGUCUUCGUUGUGAGCUCAUGCCUGAGAUUCCUUUCUUGAAGAAUGUUACCUUUUCCCUGAUGGGCCUUCCACAAAUUCAUGUUGCUGCAGUUCCCGUUGCCGAAAACGGUCUUAACGUUCUCGGACUUCCUUUGAUUUCCAAAUUCGUUAAUGACUCCAUAGCAGCUGCGGCCAAUGAGUAUGUCAGUCCAAAGAAUAUGACCAUAGAUACGUCAAAAAUACUCCUAGGUGACGGCAUAAAAAAGGAAACCAGUGCCAUUGGGGUCAUUCACAUUCAUAUUCAGAAGGCGGAGGGUUUAAGCAAACAGGAUGUCAAUGGACUUUCCGAUGCCUAUAUCACCAUCAGUUAUUUUAAGUUUGGCAAACCAUUAUUUUGUACUCGAGUCGUAAAACAAGAUUUGAAUCCUGUUUGGAAUGAGCAUGCUAUAAUUGCCGUGUUCCCGGAACAUAUUAAAGCGGGUGAAAAAGUCUCCGUUGAACUUUGGGACAGUGAUCGCUUUAGUCCUGAUGAUGUGGUAGGACGUACCAAAAUUGAGUUGCAUACUUUGCUGCAGAAUCCGGAAAAAACUAUUGAUCGCUGCGAUGAACUUACUGGCAUUAGUGAGGAGACGUCUCUUCCUGGACAUAUAUAUUAUUCAAUUGCUUACUUUCCGAAAGCAGAUUUUAGAGAAGAGUUGAGAACUGGUGGACAUGAUGUUUCCAUUCCCCGCUUUCUCCGAGAAGAUCCUACUUUCCAGAAUCCUCAAGGGACUCUGAGUACAAAAGAAGAGGACGCCGUUGUUCACACAGCUCCAGAUUCAGAGUACCCAAGCGGCAUAUUGUCAUUCAUCAUUCAUCAGGCGGUUAACCUAGAAAUCACUCAUCCUAAAGGUACAUACGGAAAGGUCAAAGGAGCUUACAACAAUACUACACCUCAGCAGGUAGGAGAUACGAAGUCAGAAGAAGGUACAGACUUACCUUCUUCAUAUGUUUGUGUUGAUAUAAAUGAUAGUCUGGUUUAUAAAACAAGAACAAAGGUUUAUUCCUCAAAUCCCAUCUAUAAUGCUGGAAGUGAAAAAUUUAUUAGGGACUGGAGAAGCACGACUAUUUCUUUUACUGUUCGAAAUUUUCGACUUCGUGAACAUGAUUCUAUUCUGGGUACUGUAAACAUGCCAAUUGCUAAAACGUUGACGAGCUUUUCCCAACUCACCAAAUGGUAUCCGAUUGAAGGAGGAAUUGGAUUCGGUAGCAUUCGUUUAUCCAUUUUAUUCCGAAGUGUAAAACUUCAAAUCCCUCGAAAUUUAUUGGGAUGGGAUAUUGGUACCCUUGUAUUUAUUGAUAGGCGCUUGAUUGCUGAAGGUAUCCACAGUGUCUCAAAGGUUAACUUCUCUUAUGUAAGAAUUCAUGUUGGCGUGCUAAAAGGUACCGCAAAAUAUACCAACUCGGAUUCUCCGGAAAAAGUUGCUUGGGAUGUUCGUAGCGAUAAUUUGAGUAUGCCUCUCAAAAACCGUUAUAGCACGCCGUUAGUUUUUGAAUUUCGAAAUCAUCUUCGCAGGAAAAGCAAUGUUUUUGCAAUCCUAUGGCUUGUGGAUCUUGUGGACAACGAAGAAACGACUGUGCGUAUUCCCAUCUUUUUUAGUGCCAAACCUGCGCACGUCUUGCAGAACAUGAUUAACAUUAACGAUCCAGACAAGUAUUCAAAGCUCGAAAUUAUCGGUUAUUUGACGACUACUCUGAGCUUUCAACGUGGUUUAGGUGUUGCUCACGAAAGAUUAAUUAGUAGUGAUGAUGAUAGCGCCACUUUUGAGACGUAUAUGAGCUUGCGUUCUCAAGGAGCGCGAAAAGGAUACGUGAAGGACAUGAGUAAUCCUUUAUAUGACAAUUUACCUUGUCAUGAGGAUGAGCAUCCUGCAUCAAGAGUUAGUACUAUGGAAACAGCGGAUGAAAAUACCGAAAAUGAAAGUGAGGAAAACCCAAACCUGUUAGCACCGUCGAACUCAAAUCAAGCGAACGGAGUAGAACAGACCGUUACGCUUGAGAACAAUGAAUUUAAUUCGCAAACUACAGAUGGCCCUACUCGUGAUUUAAACCCUGACGAAAAGAUUUUUGAACGAGAAUUCAUCUCACUUGGUCAAGCAGCAAGCCAAAAUAAUAAUCAUACUCAAUCUUUAAACCAGUCAAAUGUUGCUAGACAAAGCAAGAAAGAAAACAAGAGAGGGUCUCAGGUCAUUGAUGACCAAGAUGCUGAAACAUUGAGCAGUGAAAUCUCCGGUGAUGAGCAAGAACGCAAGUUACUUCAUAGGGACGACAAUGAGCUGGAACGUCGUAUGCAUCGCGGAAUCUACAACUACAAAGCUGUACGUACGGGCAACUGGGUAAAAGACGGAGCGAAAAUGAGAUGGAGAAGUCUGAAAAAGCGCUUCAGCUUAAAUGGCCGUGAGCCAGAUGUGGAAACAGAAAUCCCUAAAUAAAUUCAAAAACAAAACCUACAACAUUUCACGGUUUAUGAAUUCUUCUCAUGAUGUUAUGACUGCAAAAUCUAGAAAGCAUUUACGAUUACAAAUGAAAUGGACAACUAUAAGUUUUUAAUCUCAUUAAUGUAGGUACCUUAUUUACUCUUCCUUACUAUUUAACCUCUUCAGCAAGUAUAUUGGGUACACUGUAAUUUGACUUACACAUUAUUUAUUUUGUGAUAUUUCGAUGAUAGUGUUAUUUCAAAUAUCAUAUUGAAACAUUUCGAUGAUUUCCCGAACUGAUGAAAAAACCAGUCCCAGUAAGUCUUAGGGUAGGGUUUAUAUGAUACAGAACAGACACGAAAUUUUUGGGUUGCGAAACACAACCAGAACCAACCACGCCC